AUGCACCUUAACAAGGCUGGGUCGGAGCUGUUCUCUAACCCCCAGUUCAGUCCAUGGGUCCAAUACGUCGAUGAUUUGAGUAAGCUCUCCAAGAAGGAAGUAUCUGCGGUCUCGACACUGAUUGUUUCGUACGGCGACACACGGCUAUACGAGAUGAUUGAAAAGGCCAAGACGAUAUCACAGACGAAGGCCCUCGCAACAAAACUGGAAGCAGAGCAAAUGCGCCACUGGGUCACCACUCGAAAGAAUCCUGAAGAAAUCGGCGUUGGACACUUGGAUCAAGUACACAGCUGCUUUCAACGCGAUAUACCCGGACAAGAAGACAACAAUGUUCGAGACAUUCACAAGGACCUUGAAGCGUGGCUGAGCAGUGGGAAGUCAGUCGAAGAUGUCUUCGAUCUACUAAGGCUUAACCUUACAAAGGACGACUUCUUCAAGAAUCCGGUUCUCAGCAUUUGGGUCUCGUACCUGAACACCAUCGUCACUGACAACCCCAACAAGAUGUCUGAAGUGCUCUCAUUUUUAAAGACCAGAUUCACGACCACGCCGCUUCUUCGAACCCUUGCAAAAGCCAAGCAAUUUGGAAAGCGCAGCUAUUAA